GAGAUUGACAAUUGGUCUACGGGAUUAAUCGUGAACUCAAGUGCCCCUAAUCCGCCGAUGAGAGCUGCAACUGUUUUUACAGCUGACACACUUCCACUUUCGAUCAGGUGAAAUGGGAUUUUAUGGCUGAGCGGCCGCUGCUGUCAACGCGGGCUCUUCUCAUGUGUGUGGAUGGUGCUUAAUAAUAUCAUCUGGAGAGGCCGAGGCCGACAUUUUACCCCGGUCCGGAGGAGCCUUAAGUCCGAGGGGACAUCCGAGGACGCGCGGUAAGGCUGGGAGGCUGAGAGCUGCAGGGCUGCGACAUGUGAAAGGAGCCCCACCCCUUGACCCUUUCAACUCUCAACCUUUGCAGAAUUCACUUGAACCGACGUUGUGACCGCGACCUGACACCAUCCUGCCUCGGGCAUGCCUCAGCCGGGUAUGAAUGGGAUGGAGCCUGCGUUUGGCGAGGCCUACGGGGGACACAGGGGUCUGCUGAGCCCCUACCCUCUGGCCAUGUCGCCACAAGGGGGCAGGACUGAGUACGACCAGAGCGUGCUCCUCAUGCUGGGCUCCCCGGCAUCUCCAAGGAAACGUCCCUUUGAGUUGCUAAGCGACCUGGUGGACGACGGCGGCUUCGGCGAGGACCUGCACCCGGAGCGCUGGGACGUGUCGGCGCUGGACGAGAUGGCUCGCUACACCAAGUUGGGCCUCGGGGUGGGCGGGGAGCUGCUGGCCUGCUCCGAGGAGGCCGUCCUGAUGGGCCGCUGGGGGCGGAGCCGGGAGGAGCAGGAGCAGGAGGAGGAAGAGGAGAGGCGGAGGAGGAACAGGCACACGGCACCUCCCGUCACCCAGGAAGUCCAGGCCACCGCUGCAGGGAGGCAGGAGGGCCGCACCUCGGUCACCACGGCAACCGAGAGGGAGUUAUGUGUUGCGGGGAGAGCAGCCGGGGGGGGGACGCCGAGGGAGCGCACGGUGGAGGUGUAUCAGGUGGCGCAGGAGGAAGAGGAGGAGGUGGCGGCGGCGGCAGCGGGUUUGGCUCUGGAGCACUGCAGCGAGGAGCACAACUACUCCCUGAGCCAGGGAGAGGAGCUGGGGGCUCACAGCGCCCAGACAGAGGGGGCGCGGGUGGGGGAGACACAGCAGGAGGUGGGCGGUGGGGAGGACGGCCAGGCCAAGACUGAGCUAGAUCUGGAGGACGAGGACCAGGGGCAGGACGAAGAGGAGGAAGAGGAAGAAGAAGAAGAAGAGGAAGAAGAGGAGGAGGAGGAGGAGGAUGAAGGAGAGGAGGGAGCGGAGGAGACGGCGGUGGAAGCUGAACUCUCCAGCUCCUCCGAAACUGAAUGUGAGGUGGAGGCCGAGCCAGCGAGGCAGCCGGGGGAGCGCCCGUCGAAGCGCCGCUGUUUCUGGGAGUACCGAUGCGCACGAGACUCGGCCACGAAGAAGAAACUGGGUGGAGACGUCCACUGGUCUUUGUCCUGGAGCUCCAGCACUCUACCCAGCACACUGUACCGCCGAGAGGGCAAAAAAGGACGCCGCAAAGCUCGUAAGACGGACGCCAGCGACCUGACGCCAAACCCCCAGAAGCUCCACAACAUCGGCGAGCAGCUGCAGAAGCUCAACGCGGCCAUCGACGGCAUGGGCCCGGUCAACGAACUGCCCGCCGUGGCCCGAGCCCGGUCCCGCAAAGAGAAGAACAAGCUGGCCUCCAGGGCCUGCAGGCUGAAGAAGAAGGCCCAGCACGAAGCCAACAAGAUCAAGCUGUGGGGGCUCAACCAGGAGUAUGAGAACCUGCUGGGAGCGCUGCUGCGGAUCAAGGAGGUGAUCCGACUGCGGGUGGAGAGCAGCGGGGAGGAGGACACGGACGAGCGAGGGAUGACCCAGCGCCUGGAAGACAUCCUCCGAGACUCCAGCGGUCCUUUAGUUGCCGGGCGGACCAAAGACUUUGUGCAGAGGAUUUUGGCGGCCAGCGCGGGCGGUCAGAACCGGCGCAAAGAGCCCCCGCAGGGAGGGGAUGAGGCGGCGGGUUAAACAAAACUCACCCAGCAUCCUCCCCCCCUCCUUCUCCUUCUCCUCCUCCUCCUCCUCCUCCUCCUCCUCCCCCUCCUCCUCCUCCCCCUCUUUCCACCCCUUCCCCUCCCAGCACCAACCAAGCAACCUGACCUGACCAAGCUUCUCUGCACCGACUCCACUCCCACCAUGUACACAUUUCGAGUAGGAGCGAAGAGAUGACGAGGUGGAGAUGCUGGGGGAGAAAGAAGGAGGAAGAAAUAGCCUAAACAAAAUGGGAGUAAAUUGACACCGUGCUCCUGGUCCUCUGCUCUCCAAAACAGUAGCCGUCUUCACCGCUCUGUCUCUGCAGGCUGCACCACAACCACCACGAGGCCAGAGCUGCUGCUGCUGACGUCUCUGCGUUCUGUCUGUCUGUCUGUCUGUCUGUGUUUCUGUGUGUGUGUGUGUGUGUGUGUGCGUGUGCGUGUUGGACAUGUAACAUACUGUAUGGGUGUAUAGUGUUCCUCUCUCCCUCUGUGUGCUGUAUUCAUACCCCAGUGUGCCUAUGAAUAGACAUUGCACUGUUUUGUAGAUGGUCGUAGUUGUUGGCAGGGGGGCCGGUAGUGAGGCGAGGGCGAGGGGGCAUUUGAGGAUAGAGGAAGUGCUAAAAAAAUAAGGAAGUGGGAGGAGCCCCAGGCCUGGAAGACAAAGAAGUCGGUGUGUGCUUUUUACUUUUAUUUUUUAUUUGGCUGGGCUCCUAUAGAAGCGCUGCAUACCAUUCGGAUUGCAUCGGCAUCUAAAAAAAAAAAAAGUCGGUAACAAGUGACGGGAGUCCAGCUGUUAAUGGAAACAACAGCGCGUUUGUUUUGGGGGGAAAAAAAAAGUCCUCUGAGCUUUAAUAACCCUCCCAUCCACCCUCUUUAACUCCCCCUUCACCCCAUCAAAAUGUAAGCAAAGUAAAAAAAGAAGAGAAAACUGCACCUUAAUUCAAACUGACCAAAGAUACUGCUGAACCACUCAGACACCAAAACCUCUCACUGCUUCAGAUGCUGCCAACCAUUAACACAUCGUUCUGUUUUGUGAAGUGAGGGAGGGGAAUAUUCUCAUUGUUGUCAUGUUUACCCGCAUGCAUCCUCAAAGGAUGAACUUUUAAUCUCCUUCACCUAAAUGCACUACUAUCAUGGACCUGAGAGGCCGUGGUGUGACAGACAGACAGACAGGAAAUGACUGUCAGCUUUUUAGCUCUGCAGCCUGGGGUGCUCCUUUUUAGCUUCUCUGCAGUGGCUUUAUUUUGAUCCACGAAAAGGGAAGUGUCCUCAAUAACUUCCCUCAAGCCCUCUCCUCAACCCCUGACCGGAUUAUGUAGCGCACCUUCCUGAAUUGCAAUGACAAAUAGAGAAAAAAAAAAUAAUUGUAGAUCUAGAAAGCAAAUAUGUUUAAUUUUUUUUUUUUUUUUUAAUUAUGAUUUGUGUUAUUUGGCAAUGCCACACAGCCCACAUAGUGGGUGUCUUGAGAGUUUUGAAAUUUGCCUUUCUUCUGUGGUCUUUGCUGACGCUAUAGACCAACCUGUCCAAGGUCUCUAAAUGUUGUUGGACGUAAAAAAAAAAAAAAAGAGAGAGAGAGAAAAAAAAUAGUCAAGGACCCUUUGAAUUGCACUGUGGUAAGAGCAACUAAGCACCUUCAAAGAGGGCUUCAGAUCCUCCAAAAGCAAAAAAAAAAAGUAAAAAAAAGUAAAAAAAAAAGGCUCUUGGCACCUUUUGUCUAAAGACAGAUUGUUUGAGAGGCUUGUUGUGGGCGCUUAGCGCUUUCUUACCGAGCGGUCUCGGUUUGUUUCAGUAUGGUGCUACUGUAUGAUGAAAAAAAAAAAAAAAGGCAAUG